GCGCAGACACCUGUUCCCCCUUCAUUGCUAUAAGUUUCUCGAUCCUGAAAAGAGCGCAUUUGUUGUUUCUUCAUUGUUGACUAGCAAUAUAAAGUUUAUUGUUUACUCGCAAAUAGGCUCAGACAGCAGCUUUGAGAGCAGCUUUUGAGCUGAUCUUUAGUGUAAUCAACGAAAAAAGCUCGGCUGAUCGUUAUUUUUUAGUGUCACUAUUAUUUAGCAGAAAAGUCUACUCGACGAUGGCGCAAUUCGUACACAUGGUAUACGAUGGCUAUCGGGACCUGAUGAACAACAAGAGCGAUCCCAGGGUCAAUGAUUGGUUCUUGAUGAGCUCGCCCUUCCCGACGCUCUGCAUAUGUCUCAGCUAUGCCUACUUUUCCAAGGUCCUCGGGCCCAAGCUCAUGGAGAAUCGCAAGCCGUUCGAUCUUCGCAAAGUCAUGAUCUGGUACAAUCUUUUCGAAGUCAUAUUCUCCACUUGGCUUUUCUACGAGUGUUUAGUGUCCGGUUGGGGUGGUGAUUAUUCAUUCAGAUGCCAGCCAGUGGACUACUCGCAGAGCCCGAAAGCAAUGAGAAUGGCUCGAGGCUGUUGGUGGUAUUACUUCAGCAAAUUCAUCGAGUUUGCAGACACGCUAUUUUUCGUUCUUCGGAAAAAAAAUGACCACAUAUCAAAUCUGCAUGUGAUUCAUCAUGGAAUCAUGCCAAUGUCCGUCUGGUUCGGCGUCAAGUUCUCGCCAGGCGGUCACAGCUCGUUCUUUGGCUUGCUAAACACGUUCGUCCACAUGGUCAUGUACACGUAUUACCUGCUGGCCGCUCUUGGCCCUCAAUUACAGCCCUACCUCUGGUGGAAGAAAUACCUCACUUCGCUGCAGAUGAUCCAGUUUGUGCUGGUCAUGAUUCACGCCUUCCAAUUGCUCUUCAUCGAGUGCAACUAUCCCAAGGCCUUCGUCUGGUGGAUCGGCAUGCACGCCGUACUCUUCUACUUCUUAUUCCGUGACUUCUAUCGACAAGCUUAUAGCAACAAGGCCAAAAGAGCUUCGAUCGAAGCUCAAAAGAAGAAAGAUGCAGCGGCAGCAGAAGCAGCUUCGCCGAAUGGCCAGCGAAGAAAUGGCCAAAAUGGCACUGUCUAUCCUAGUCAAUAUAAAAUGGCAACUGCCUAUGUAUCCGAUAGUGGCAUGAGAAAUCGAGUAUUCAUCGAUAAUCGAAGCGAUUACAAUGAAUGAAGUACGAACGUGUUUUCAUUUUGAUUCCACGAUAAUAUGUAUUAGAAAAGAAACAAUUGCUACAGGUGUUGGUUGUUUUUUUUUCUUUUCUUUUUCACAUCUAUUUAAUAUCUCAUCUGAAAGUACGCGAAGUAAAAUGCGAAGUUCGAAUUCAACCAAGUAUCGAUCUCGUCAGACUGAACUGAAACAGUAAAAAUUGGUUGCAAGCUCGCAAGAAUUUAAAUUUCACUCGUGAUUUCAUGAGAAAAAAGCCGAAACAAGUGUUCCGCUAUUCAAUAAUUCUGUUCACUAUGAAUAUUAUAUUAAUUAUGCAAUUUUAUAUAAAGUAUGAUAUUUGUAUAUAUGUUUUUUUUCAAUAUGAGUGAUUGAUAAUUGUGCGUGUGUUUGUAUAUUUAUUAUGGAAGAAUGCGAUACUUUAUUGUUAAGUUUGUUCAUAUUGGCAUCCCAUUUUUGAAUAUAUUUAAUUGUAAACAACAGCGUAUUUAAAAUAUGCAUCGAAUAUUUUUAAUUAGGAAGAUUA